UCCAAGGGGUUAGUGAGUAACAUUUUGCCCAUUGGCCACUGGCUGGGGAUCACUGCCAUAACAGGACGUUGAAAAGUUGCAAUGAAUGAAUGAACCAGUGCUACUCCGCAUGGCCAGUAGGUGGCAGCAGGAAACCUAUAAAGAGACAAGCGCAGCCAUUUAUACAAGACAAGGAGUCUGGGCUGUCAGUCCCGGGCCGGCUGCAAUAAAACACCGAGCAGAGCCUGGAUCCAGCAGCCCGAUAAUUACUUCUCUCGCCUGUGGGACAGGAGAAAGGAGCAGCCGGGCCGGGGAAGGGUAAAGGUGUCUCUGCUUGUCCAGCUGAACCGGACGAUUAUGAGCCCCAUGCGAGUGUGACAGCUGGGGGAGAACCGGACGACUGCCAGUUACAGGGGAUCUUGGCAUUUAGAAAAACUGCCGCCUGCUUAUAAGCAAGGGGACGGGCUGCAGCCACAUUGAGAGCAGGACACUGGGGCAGGAACUGGUGCGAAGGGGGCGACAGACUGUCCUGAGAGGGGCGAGGAGCGAGUGUUUAGCAUCACCGGGCACUUCUCUGCUGGGGGGUCGGAUGUGUCGUUUCCUCCCGAGUGUUGUGUCUGUGCAGCCUCCUAAUCCUUCCACAUUCAGCCUCGCAUUGUCUCCAUUGUCACCGUCUCACGUGCCUUUAAUAUGAGGCUCAUUACUCUCUAGGGCUGAAGUUAAAUACAUGGGAUCCCCUGGCAGUGACCUGUGAAACUUGUGAUCCCGGGAAUCACUGAUGAUAUAGGAAGUUUGCAGCACUGGGAGUCUCUGUAUUCUUCUCAUUCAGCACCAGGGAGAGAGGCUGCUGCCCGGCCAUUGGGAUUGGCCGCCUCCCUCCUACCUGCCCCACUCGGGAUGAAGACAAGAAGCAGGAGGGGUGUCGGUGACAGUCGCUAUUAUUAUUAUUGCUGCUGAAGCCUGGGCUGUGGCAUUAGCUCUCCCUGUGGGAUAGAAGCUCCCGGGCCAGUGGGAUAGUGGCCGCUCAGCACAACGAGACGGAACACGUAGAAGGACAACAAAAACAUCUGACACUUCUCUCUCUCCCUCCCCCACACACCCUCACCCACCCAGCCAGCCAUUGGGCACCAGCAAAUAUCGCUAUCCGAGGGGGGGCGCCGGUAUCGACUCCAUUAUCCCCCCUGCAGCCUUGUCGCUGCUCCGGGACAUCUCACCUGCCAGACGCGGGGGGACACAGUGUAAGAGAAGAGCCGGCCGAACAGGUGACGAGUGCGCGGGGGAAGGAGCCGAGACGGGCGCUUGGGGGGUCGGGAUCAUGGAGAGCGAUCGGGACAUGUACCGUCAGUUCCAGGACUGGUGCCUCAGGACUUAUGGGGAUUCCGGUAAGACCAAGACAGUGACCCGUAAGAAAUACGAGCGGAUCGUGCAGUUGCUCAAUGGCUCCGAGUCCAGCUCCACGGAUAACGCUAAAUUCAAAUUCUGGGUGAAAUCGAAGGGCUUCCAACUGGGGGACGCGGACGAGCUGAAUGUCGGGGACCAGCAAGUGCUCUUCGUGCCUGUCAAGACUACGGAUGGAGUUGGCAUUGAAGAGAAGCUGUCUUUAAGAAGAGUGGCGGUGGUAGAAGACUUCUUUGACAUUAUCUACUCCAUGCAUGUGGAAACAGGGCCUAAUGGGGAACAGAUCAGAAAACACGCUGGACAAAAGAGGACUUAUAAAGCUAUUUCGGAGACAUAUGCCUUUCUACCCAGGGAAGCGGUGACAAGGUUUCUAAUGAGCUGCUCAGAGUGUCAGAAAAGAAUGCACUUAAACCCAGAUGGCGGCGAGCAUAAAGAUAACGGAAAACCCCCUACCUUGGUGACAAGUAUGAUAGACUAUAACAUGCCAAUCACUAUGGCCUAUAUGAAGCACAUGAAACUCCAGCUUUUGAAUUCUCAGCAAGAUGAGGAUGAAAGCUCUAUAGAAAGUGAUGAAUUUGAUAUGAGUGACUCUACAAGGAUGUCAGCUGUGAACUCCGACCUCAGCUCCAACCUAGAGGAAAGAAUGCAAAGCCCUCAGAAUCUCCAAGGCCAGCAAGAUGAUGAUUCAGCUGCUGAGAGUUACACCUGCAACGAAGCAGUGGGAAACGCGUCCAACUCUACAGGAGAAGCUCAAAACCUGGAACCGAUGGAGGUGCCCACUACCAACGGCAAUGUCAUUUCUGAACAAGAGGAGCAGCCUCUGAAUUUAAGUGACUGUCCUGUCUCAAGCCAACUAAAUCCUGAAUACCGAUUAGAUGACCAUAGUAGCAAUGGGAAGAACACAUACAAAAACCUCCUCAUAGGAGACCUCAAAAUGGAAAGAGAAGCGAGGGAAAAUGGAAACAAGUCUCCAGCACACAGCUACUCCAGCUAUGAUUCUGGCAAGAAUGAAAGUGUAGGGGGCUGUGGGGAAGAUCUCUCCAUGACUCGAGGUGAUGAAGAUGAAGAUGACCAUGAUGACCAUGAAGAUGCUGAGAAGGCAGCUGAAUCAGAUGGAGUAGAAGCAGAACGCCUUAAAGCUUUUAAUAUGUUUGUGAGGCUGUUUGUAGAUGAAAACUUGGACCGAAUGGUCCCUAUAUCUAAGCAGCCCAAAGAAAAGAUCCAGGCUAUCAUUGACUCAUGCAGGCGCCAAUUCCCUGAAUAUCAAGAACGUGCCAGAAAACGUAUACGCACUUACCUCAAGUCCUGCAGGAGGAUGAAAAGAAGUGGUUUUGAGAUGUCACGGCCGAUCCCUUCACACCUUACUUCGGCUGUAGCAGAAACUAUCUUGGCCUCAGCCUGUGAGAGUGAGAGCAGGAAUGCUGCCAAGAGGAUGAGACUGGAUAGACAGGAUGAAAGUCCUCCAGCUGAAAAAUCACAGAAACAAGAUACAGCACAGGUUACGCAUUCAACGUCUGCGGUUUCCAGCACACAAGAUGUUUUAUAUAUCAAUGGAAAUGGAACCUAUAGUUACCAUACUUACAGAGGGCUAGGGGGAGGACUUCUAAAUCUCACGGAUACAUCUAACAGUGGUCCCACUGAUCUGAGCAUGAAGAGGCCAUUAGCAACCAGUUCUACAAGUCCCAGCAACACAAACAGCAGAGCCCAGCUAAACCCUACUGAAGUUAAUGCAGUGAGACAGCUGGUGGCAGGUUACCGAGAAUCCGCAGCAUUUUUGUUGCGUUCGGCAGAUGAACUGGAAAACCUCAUUUUACAGAAGAACUGAGUCAUACAACCUCUUCCCUGGUCUGGUGUAGCUCUGGGAAUCCACAAAUGACAUUCUCAUGUGCCACAGUGGGUCCAUCUUGUUACAGCGCUGAUGUGUAGCGGAGUUAAUUACCAUAAUGCCACACUGUUUUUGAUCCAUGAUGUGAUGUAAAGGUGCUGCGGGUGCACUUGAGACCUUUGACAUUAGCGGGGGUCUUUGAUGUGUCCAGCUUUUUGUUCUCAGUGUGUCAGUUUAAAUAUUGCAUAUGUGGCUGUUGCUCAUUAAGUCAUGCAAACCAACGAAGCAUAUGGAGAACACUGAGAUGGUCACUUAGUUCAAUUUCCAAGUGCAAUAUUAGUGGAAUGUGCCACUGACUCUGUGCAACGAAAGCUCCACGGUACGGCAGGACAAUGCCAAGAUACUCUCAUGCUAGAAAACUGAAUGAAGGAUUGCAUAUUUUUUAAACAAUAGGAUUUUUUAUAUGGUACUUUUUUCAUGCAGACAUUUUAUUUAUAUUCUGAUGAUCUUUCCACGUUCCCUAAAGGUCGCCGAAGUAAUAUUUUUGAAUCCCCCUUUUCUUGAAUCCCCAGUUAAAAUUGUUAACUACUGUUUUAGUUGCAGGUUAAUUAGAUCCUUAGUGUUAGGAAAGCUCCAGGCAGGCUUUAUGGAAGAGUUCCAUUUGUUUCUAAUUGUUUCUUUGUCCUUUCAGUGCUGGGAGUAGGGCCGCAGGCAUUAGGUUAUGUGUUGGAAUAACUGGGAAUUCAUCAUAUAUAUAUAUAUAUAUAAAAUGGGUUUAGAAACGGGAGAAUUGUCCAACAAUUUUGAAAAACACUUGCCAAUUGUCUUGUAGUUCAAUGAUACCACUGAUUGCAUCAGUAAGUCGGCAAGUGUUUAGUGCAGUGAUAAGAACUUCACAUAUAUAAUAAUAUAUGGAUACAUUUUUCAUAAUAUCAUGAUGAUUGUGCUAAGCACUUCUGCUUGCAGGAUGUCAAGAGAUAUUUAUUUUGUAGUUUAGUUUAUGUCCAGGGCACCACAUAAUAUAAAUUUGUUAGCGCUGCUAGUAAGUUUAUGUAGUGGACCGGGCCCUGGGCCAGUUUGAGAGAGGAGGGUCCCCAGGCAAUGAGUGGCUACAGUUCAUUUCGCUCAGACCAUCUGCAGAAACACUUGUAAAUCUGCACCUCCCAAUUGUCCAAGGUAGACCUCAAAUCAAAUAAACUAAAAAGAGACAAGACUCAAAGAAAAGAAGCUGGAGUUAUGGUGACUACUUGGGGUGCAUUAGAUAAAUCAGGGUGUUGCCUAAGAUGUCAGGAUUUAUGCAUCAGAAAGGUUGUGGUUGAUCUAGCACAGCCGAAGGUUGUUGGUCAUGGGAUGGACACCCAAAUACAAUAAUAAUUGCACAAUAUCAUUUAGACAUUAUCCAUCUGACCAAGGAGGGAUAAGGCUCAAUGUCAAAUGCAUUUUCUGCCUAACCCUAAAACCAAUAUACCACAAAUAGUGAUGGGCGAAUAUGUCCCGUUUCACUUCGCCGAAAAAUUCGCAAAAGAUUUGCGAAACAUGAAUUCUAACACGCUCGUCAAUUUUGACGCUGCCGUUAAAGUCAAUGGGCAUCCGAAUAACGUUGACGCGCAACAGUUUUGACGCAAGCGACUUUUCUGACACGCGUCCAAGGUUUUUUAUUCGCCGGUGAAACGUGGAAAUUCGCCACAAAUUGGUGCCUGCCGAAUUUAAUCACCCAUCGCUAGCCACAAAUUUUCAGUUGAUGGAAGCUGCAAACUUUAAGGUGAAGUAUUUCUUCCAGCAUCACAGAGCUGCCGCCAUAGUCACUGUAUGGCGUUAGUCAAUCUUGGGAUUCACCCAUAGCUCAUUCUCCUCUCUAUGACAGAACCCAUGUUUGGCUAAGCUCUCAUCAUUCCACAGCUGCUGUUUCAUGCAAAUCCUUCUCUGUGUGGUGUCGGAGACUGAUAAUAUUUAAGAGGUUGCAAGUGACAAUCUGAUAAUUUGCACUCUGGUCUAACCUUAUUUAUUUAUUUAUUAUUUUACUACUGUGGCUUUAACCUCUUGGGGUGUCAAGGGGUGAUUAACCCUUUUUCCAUCAGACUGGCGGCGAAACCCUUCACUGCCUAUGCUGCUGGUCGAAAGGGUUAAAUAAAGCAAAUUCAACAAAAUCUCUGUGAACUGGACACGCCCACCAGAAAGUUGUACAAAAACUGUAUAUUGAGGAAAAACUCCAACCGCUCUUUAUUUCCAUUGGUAACUACACAUAAUAAUGGUGUUUCUUUUGUGCAUUGAUCACGCUCACUUUUGCAGUAGAAAAGUACUUUUUUUUUUUUGUUCAUGGCACAAGUAAAAUAUGUUUAGUUGUUUAGCUUUUGUUGAAUAUCACGUCCCUUGUGCAUUCCUGAAUUUGCCUUAUUUCAUGUAAAAAUGUAAUUGGGUUUUUGACAAUGAGUUUAAGGCAUCAGUGAUAUUUUGUACAUACACAUACCUGUUUUCUAUAGACUGACUGUGAUUGUGACUAGGUAAUGUGCACUUUUUAAUGUAACUGUGGGCAUUGCUAUGCUUUUCCUUUGAGUGUUUCUAGGGUUACUGUUGCUUACUUUAAAAAAAAAAAAAAAACUUUUGUGAUACUGUUUGUGAAAUAUAAUGUGAAAAAGCUAUUGAAUUAUGAAUAUUUUUAAUAUAUUGUACAUUAUUACACAAAACAUCUUUACGUUGUGGACCAGUGUUCACAAAUUUAAAUGAAAAUCAAAGAUCGAGGGCUGACAUUUCCUCUGGUUUGUUUGGAUAAUAAAUUGAUUUAUGUGUAAAAAAAAAAAACGUUUUGAGAAAGUUUUUUUGAGAAUAAAAAUACGGCAACUUCUCA